AUUUAUAAUUUGGACACUGUUAUAAGUUUUAUGUUUAAUCAACAACAUAUUAUUUGCAUAGUUCUUCCAGGAUUCCCAGCUCAAUGCAGCGGUUACUCAUUUUGUGAAUGUUGACCAAAAGCCUUAACACUGUUUAUAUGUCUCCCGGUCUAUACUGGGGAACAUAUUGUUUUUGCCCUGUCUGUUGGUUUGUUGGUUUGCAUCAAAUUUUAACAUUGGCCAUAACUUUUGCGAUAUUGAUAUUUGCCACUUGAUAUUUGAGUUUGACGUGCAUGUGUAUCUCAUGGAGCUGCACAUUUUAAGUGGUGAAAGGUCAAGGUCUUUGUUCAAGGUCAAAUGUCAAUUACAUGGGCGACAUAUUGUUUUACAAACACAUCAUGUUGUUUUUUAUUCUGAAUGUUCACUGUCAAUGGAAAUAUUUUUGCAGAAGGAAACACUACAUUAUCAUGAGUAUUCAUACAUUUGUACAUGUAUCAAUAUAGAUAAUGGGCAUGAUUGGGAUCCAGAGAGGCAGAAAAUCAAAACCCAAAACCAUUUUUCUGCCUUUGUGUUCCUCGUUUCCAUCGGUCAGGUUCUUUUCUGCCAAUCAACAGAGGACAAGAGGUCGUCCUGUGUAUGUAAUUUCUCGAGAACAGCUGGAAUUCUUCAUUGAAGCUGGCUUUACAAGACGACAAAUGGCAGAUCUUCUGCAUGUGUCUGACUCAUCGGUCAAGCGAAGGCUUAGAUCCUUUGGUCUAAAGCUGAGGCAGACAUACUCGGUGCUGUCAAAUAAUGCAUUAGAUGAUCUUGUUCGAGAAGUGACCCAAGGGAACCCGUCCCUUGGUCAGAGAAUGGUUCAAGGCCUGCUGCAGAGCCGAGGACAUAGAGUUCAGAGGCAGAGAGUUGCUGACAGCCUAAUACGAGUUGAUGCCGCAGCAGUGGCUUUGAGAUGGUGUCAUUCCAUAAGACGACGGGUCUACAAGGUUGCAGCACCAAAUUCAUUGUGGCAUAUUGAUGGAAACCACAAGUUAAUCAGGGAUGUUUCUCAACCAGAAGACGAAUAUGGAGACACUGAGGUACCUGAAAUAAGAACGUCAACAAGUUCAGGACCUGUGACAACAUCUGAAGAACUCACGCAGAUGCUGCGCGAGCAAGCGAGGACAUGCAUCAGACAGACAGAUGAAGAUCCACUGACACUGGAGGUUCGCAGGAAUUUUGUGCUGCGGGAUGCUCUCCAGUAUAUAAGAGUUUCACAGGAGGACCUACACAGCCCCCUGCACAUCCGCUUCCUGGGAGAACAAGGCAUCGACCUGGGAGGGUUGAGAAGAGAAUUUUGGACACUUUUUCUGUACCAGGUGUCUCAUUCGACAUUUAUAACUGGACGACCGGGACGUCUGGCCUUCCAGAAGAAUUUCAUUGAACAACGUAAGCGGACAUUCUACUAUCUUGGGCAGUUAGUAGCACUGUCCGUCUUACAGGACGGUCCCGGUCUGCCGAUUUUCUCGGAUAUAGUGACCGACUACAUCCUGGACCGUGACCGUAGUGUAGUGAGCGAGGGGGAUCUGCCAGAGCACCUUGCUCAGCUGAUAGAACAGAUGAAGGAGGCCGAUAGUGACGCUGCAGCACAAACACUCUUCCAACAGAUGUUUGAUGAAGCUUGUACUGCUGGGUUUCUAAUCCCAUCCACCAGCUUCAACAAGAGCUUCAUACCAGCCCUGGUUGGUGCCCUAGUCAAUAACCUGGUUGAGAGCAGUCGGGUUGAGCUUGACCAGUUUGUCGAUGGACUGAAGACUCAUCAGGUCCUUGAGUUGCUGCGUUUGAGGCCUGAUGAUAGCUACUGCAUAUUCAGCGGCCGAACAAAACCGGUGACUGUAGAAGCAGUUCGCUUGCUUUUGCAUUUCCGAUAUCGGACUGGGAAUCAUGCAGAAACUGAUCAGCAGACAGCUCAAGGUUUUCUGACGUUCCUCCGAGCUACCAAAGGAUCAACUGCAUCUGUCAACGGGGUUAAGCUACAGCCGAAUGACGUGCUGAUGUGGCUGACGGGAUCAGCGACAAUGCCGGCAGUGGGCUUCCAUAAAGUUAUUGAUGUGGAAUUUGGGGACACGCUUCGGGUUAACACAUGUGCCCUGGUGUUGACGCUGGCUGAAGUGCCACGCGAAGUUGAAGAUGUUGUGCAACAUUACUCCGAACUGCUCAUCAAUAGCCAGACAUUUCAAGCGGAAUAAUUUCCCAAGAUAGUUUAAUACAUCAUGACUCAUUAGGAAAUUGUGUUAUAUUCCUUUUCAUGGGUAUAUAUGGAACGGUUUUCGGUAAAAAUCAUUCGUGGUGAAUAUUUACAUUAUGACUGAUGUUAAUUCUAAUAUGCUUCAUGACAAUUCCAAACAUGCCGGUUGUCUAUUCGUUUAUACUUUAUGAUUGUGGCAACAUUACAUCAUUGAUGGUGAAUAUAUACAUUAUUCCUGAUGUUAAUUCUAAUAUGCUUCAUGAAAAUUCGAACAUGCUUGUUGUCUUUUCGGUUAUACUUGAUGAUUGUUGCAACAUGCUUGGUGACUUUCCAA